AUGUCUCGUCGGACAUCGACUAUGGCAUCGAGCGAUUCCAGCGUCCCACCUUCAGGUGAUGGAGGACAGGAAAAGCAAAAAAUGCUUCUUUCCUCGGACCAUGGGCAUUUCAGCAUGGUGAAGGCCAUGCAUCUUGCCGACCUGAUCACUGAAAUGAACGUCAUGUCGGUCUUCUCAUCUAUGCGCUACUGUCUCGGUGAGCCGACUGAAUACGGUGCCAUCUGGGCCGCCCUUGCGUUCAUGCCUUUCGGUCUUUUUUUCGACUUUAUGGAUGGCAAGGUCGCUAGGUGGCGCAAGAAGUCCUCCCUCAUGGGACAGGAACUUGACUCGUUAGCGGAUUUGAUUUCCUUCGGCCUCGCCCCUGCUGCCGCCGCAUUUGCACUUGGAAUCCGCACCUCGCUUGAUCAUGUUUUCCUCACAUUCUUUGUUCUCUGCGGUCUCACUCGUCUGGCCCGGUUCAACGUGACUGUAGCCGUUCUGCCGAAGGAUAAGACCGGUAAAUCAAAGUACUUCGAAGGCACCCCCAUCCCGACCACACUGUCAAUCGCCGGCCUCAUGGCUUACUGGGUCUCCCAGAGCUGGACACAUGAAAACAUUCCCCUCGGUCUUUUCGCAGAAGGUACUAUCUUCGAGUUUCACCCCGUGGUUCUGAUGUUUGUUCUGCAUGGAUGCUUCAUGGUCAGCAAGACGAUACAUAUUCCUAAGCCAUGA